AGUGUCUACUGUACAUGAUAAAAGCAGAACUGGAGAAUCCAUUUCUCUGUCCAAACACUACCCUACUGUUCUUCUCCAAAGUAUCUGUCACUGUCAGUGCUCGUACUACAACAUUUAUGGAUGCCCUCUCCGCUCUGAUGCUCCGAUAUCCAAGCACCGUGUGUAAUUACUGAUUGUGGACCCAUCCAAGUUGCGUGUCUCAGUGCUAAUGACCGUCUGUUCUGUGCUGGGUGGUUUUUUCAGCCUCUUUUUGCCGGGGUCUUUGCAUUAGCCUAGCCGUCACGGAACCAUUCCUAAAUUAACCCUGAUUUAUUAAAAAUAAUUACAUAUGUUUGGUAAUAAUCAAGGCUGAUUCGGUAAACUUGCGCAUCCAUAGUUUCCAAGGUCUGACUUAUCCCCAUCGAGCCCCGUCCAAAAUUCCACUGUAACCGCAUAUUUAUUUAUAUAAUCAUGAAUUUAAAUGCCCCAAUGACAUAAGACCAUGAGCUCUUCCCUUUUCCUGUCUCCCCUGUGGCCCUGCCUUGCCGUUGAUGCUUCCAGAAGAAAACCAGCCCCAGCCAUCAAUCUUCCCAAUCUUAUUCCUACCUGUUGCAAAACUCUUUCCUUUUCUACUCACCCCAACUCCCUCAAAUCUCAGCCUUUUCCGUCUCAGGGAUCUUGAAAAUCUUACCUUUUUUGUCUCUCCAAUGGUCAUAUCUCUUGGAUUUCUCUGGCUUUUCCUUCUCCUUUGCAACCCAGUUUUGUCGCAGUUCGUUGAGUUCUCCUAUAACGGGUUCAGUGGAGUUGGUAACAACAUCAGCUUGAAUGGAGUUGCGGAGAUUCAGAGCAAUGGGAUUCUUCGCCUAACCAACGAGACCAGAAGAUUAAUCGGUCACGCUUUCUAUCCAUCGGCUAUCCAAUUUCGAAACUCCACCGACGGGACUGUUUUCUCUUUCUCCACCUCUUUUGCUUUUGCAAUCGUUCCAGAAUACCCAAAGCUUGGCGGCCAUGGCCUCGCUUUCACCAUUGCCCCCACGAAAGAGCUCAGUCAUGCGCUUCCUAGUCAGUACCUCGGCCUGCUCAACUCCAGCGACAAUGGCAACUUCUCCAACCAUGUCUUUGCCGUGGAAUUCGACACGGUUCAAGACUUCGAAUUCGGUGAUAUCAACGACAACCAUGUUGGGAUCGACAUCAACAGUUUGCAGUCCAACGGUUCUAUUACCGCCGGGUAUUAUGCCGAUGGUUCCACACAACAAGACCUUAAUCUCAAAGGUGGCAAGACCAUUCAGGCAUGGGUUGAUUACGAUGCGGUAAAUCAUCUUAUCAGCGUAACGCUUUCGCCUUCUUCUUCGAAACCCAGUCGCCCCAUCCUCUCCUUCAAUUUGGAUCUCUCCCCAAUUCUCCAUGACACCAUGUACGUCGGCUUCUCUGCUUCCACGGGUCUACUCGCCAGCUCCCAUUACCUAUUCGGAUGGAACUUUAAGAUGAACGGAGAAGCUCGAGCUCUUGACCUCUCUUCUCUCCCUUCGCUCCCCGGGCCCAAAAAGAAACACACGGCCUUGACGAUCGGCGUAUCUGCCUCGGCCGCUCUUCUCUUCAUUGCAGUAAUUUCCAUUACAGCCUAUCUCAUCUGGAAGAUCAGAAACGCGGACGUAAUCGAGGAUUGGGAGUUCAAAGUUGGCCCACAUCGCUUCUCCUACCAAGAACUCAAGCUGGCAACGAAGGGUUUUAGAGAAAAGGAGCUACUUGGGUUCGGCGGGUUCGGUCGAGUUUAUCGGGGAACACUACCGAAUUUGAAAACCCAAGUUGCAGUUAAGCGUAUCUCGCACGAAUCAAGACAGGGAUUGAGAGAAUUCGUGUCUGAAAUCGCAAGCAUCGGUCGUCUUCGCCAUAGAAACCUCGUCCAAUUACAGGGAUGGUGCCGCAGACGAGGAGAUCUUCUCCUCGUGUAUGACUUCAUGUCAAAUGGGAGCCUGGAUAUGUUCCUUUUUGACCAACCCAAGUCGAUUCUGAGCUGGGAACAGAGAUUCAAGAUCAUCAAAGGCGUGGCGUCGGGCCUAUUGUACUUGCACGAAGAAUGGGAGCAGGUGGUGAUUCACAGAGACAUUAAAGCGAGCAACGUGUUGUUGGACGGCGAGUUGAACGGUAGACUGGGUGAUUUCGGACUCGCUAGGUUGUACGAGCACGGGUCGAACCCAAGUACCACCCGGGUGGUGGGCACCCUGGGGUAUCUGGCGCCGGAGCUGACGCGUACGGGGAAGGCUACGACGAGCUCCGAUGUGUUUGCUUUCGGUGCUCUGUUGCUUGAGGUGAGUUGCGGGCGGAGACCCAUUGAGCCGAAAGCGUUGCCGGAAGAGCUAAUAUUGGUGGAUUGGGUGUGGGACAGAUGGGCAGAAGGGGGCAUCUUGGAUGUGGUAGACCCAAGGUUGAAUGGGGUUUAUGACGAAGCCGAAGUUGUGAUGGUGGUCAAGUUAGGGUUGAUGUGCUCCAGCAGUGAUCCUGCGUCACGUCCGACAAUGAGACAGGUGGUAAGGUAUUUAGAAGGAGAGGUGAGGUUGCCGGAAGCGGUGAGCGCGCCGGGGGAGUACAAAUCGGGCAAGAACGAAGAGGGGUUUGAUGAUUUUGUACAUUCCUACCCCUCUUCGUCUGAGAAGGUGAGUUCCCAUUCUUUCAUGGGUACCGGAGACAUUGAGACUGGAAUUCCUCCUUCGGCAUCGCCUCUCUCUCUUCUUUCUAACAGAGGUGAUUGUGAGAGAGAGAGUGAGUGAUGAGAAACCGGGUUAAAAAGCUAUUUCUUCUUUCAUUUUGAUUUGGGUGUUUUCUAUUCGGUCUUGUUUUUUUUUUGUUGUAAAUUAUUAACUUAAUCACCUUGCAUAAGCAGAGUGUAUCUCAUCACAUAACUUGACAACGAAAAACGGAACUCUUGAAUUAA